AAAUGGCCAAUCACAAGGACGGAGAUAGGAAUGUGUAUUCUGUGCGGUCGUCGACGAACGGCAGCUCCGACCUCGAUCCACCGCUCAACAGCGGACUGCCACCAGCAUGCGACAGGGUGCACGUGUCGCCUUGUGAGGCGAAUCAUCUCAGGCGCACCUAAUCCACGUCCAUUCAAAUCAACCCUUGCGGGGCCCACCGAUCAUCCCCUACCGACCGAGGCCCGGAGCCUUCAAAAGAGCGCCAUCGUCGUCACCGAGAAGAGGAAAACCCACGGCGAAAUAUGUUGCAGUCGAGUCUUCCUCCCGCUCCCUUGUUCCUGCCGCGUCACUCCUCCUCCUCCUCCUCCCCCGCCACAUGGAGUCCCCGGCAUAACUCCAAGAGGAGAUCCCCCCGUUCCUGUCUCGUUCAAGAGGAGCCGGACCGGGCAGUUGAACCAGAGAGGGAGCCAGCGCCUCGGCGAGUGAGCACCCAGCUAAAUCGGUGGUCGCGGGCCCGGUCCAUCCGCUCGGGCCGGCGGAUCGACUGGCCGGCCUUGCGGAAGAAGACCGCGCCCCCAUCCUCGCCGGCGCCGCCGCCCUCGUCUCCUCCCUCCGAGGCGGGCGUCCGGCCAGCCGUGGCGGGGGAGGGAAUAGAGGGCGAUGGCGAGGACGACGAGAGCGAACUGAUGGAGGGGAAGGCUAUCUACAUGGUGUCGGAUGGCACGGGGUGGACGGCGGAGCACUCCGUCAACGCGGCCCUGGGCCAAUUCGAGCACUGCCUGGUCGACCGCAUCUGCCCCGUCAAUACGCACCUCUUUUCUGGGGUUGAAGAUAUGGAUAGACUGAUGGAGAUUAUAAAGCAAGCUGCCAAAGAAGGUGCUUUGCUCCUUUAUACCCUUGCUGAUCCUGACAUGGCAGAAUAUGCAAAGGAUGCCUGCAAAGUCUGGGGUGUCUCAUCGGCCGAUAUACUUCGACCCAUAACUGAGGCCAUUGCUACCCAUCUUGAUGUUGCUCCUUCUGGGUUACCUCGAGGUGCUGCAGGCAGAAGUGCUCCACUUAGUGCAGAAUACUUCAAACGUAUUGAGGCUAUAGAUUUCACUAUCAAACAAGAUGAUGGAGCUAAGCCGCAAAACCUUGAUCGUGCCCAUAUUGUCCUUGUCGGUGUUUCGCGCACUGGGAAGACACCCUUGUCCAUAUAUCUAGCUCAAAAGGGAUAUAAGGUGGCAAAUGUGCCGAUAGUUAUGGGUGUGGACUUGCCGAAGACCCUCUUUGAAAUAAAUCAAGAGAAGAUCUUUGGAUUAACAAUCAAUCCAGUUAUUCUGCAGACCAUUAGAAAGGCAAGGGCCAAAAGUCUUGGUUUUGGCAGUGAAACGAGAAGCAAUUAUUCGGAGAUGGACCAUGUGAGGGCGGAGUUGGAGUAUGCCAAUAAAAUCUUCACACAGAACCCGACUUGGCCGGUGAUCGAGGUCACUGGGAAAGCAAUCGAAGAAACUGCAGCUGUUGUAGUCAGAAUGUACCAUGACAGAAGACAAAAGUGUUUGAUGCCACGCAUUUCCAAACGGUUUGUUGUGUUCUCGGGAAACAUGAGAUGAAGUGGACCAUUCGAAUUUGGACAUGAAUAGAUAAUUCAUAUGACGAGGUUGAAUCUGUGAUUGUAACACCGAUUUUUCUAGGAAUUUUUUUUCUUUUUUUAUUGUCCUUUUUUUUUCCAUUGCAUUCAGAUGGAAAGAAAGUCUUUGAUUAAUUCAUCCCUUGUUCUCCAUCUUGUACUUUUUUUUAUUUUAUUUUGGCAUCCUUGUACCAGUUUGUAUGUUUUGUCCCAGCUGAAAUUAUAUAGAGGACAGGAAUCUUCCAUUCA